CAGUUGGAGAACUGAAAAGUGAACUUCAGAGACCUCUUUCUUCUCCAGUGCAGGGUUCACCAAGCUCCAGUCAUGGUCUGUAUCUGGAUGGUAUAGACCUCAGAGUCAGGAGCAGCAUUGCUUGUACUAAACCUGCUGCACUCAUCCCUUCUUAUGGUUGUGCCAGUGUCUCACUCUGUACCCACGCAAGGUGAUGGAUGGCAGAGCAGAGAUGGAGGUUGUGAGAACCAUGAAAGGAAAUGCUGCUGGGGAGGUCAGCGUUCAUGUGGUCACCACUGAGAGCACCGUGCAGACCACCCACCUACCAACGACUGCCUUCAUCUUACCAGCAAAUGCCACUACCAUCAACCUUCCUACAAGCACCUUAGAAAUCCAGCGAUUCCCCAGGGAGCCACCAAGAAACACAGGGGCUGAGAGGCCAGAGAAGGGAGUAGGGAGCGAACCCAUCACAGCCACUGUCAUCCCCCAGAUCAGUGGGGUGCAGACCUGCAACACAGUCCGUGUGUUGGAGUGGAAAGAUGGAGUGGCUACUUUGCCUGGGAGUAACCUGCGGUUUCGAAUAAAUGAGUAUGGGACGCUGAAGGUGGUGAGUGCUGAUAAGAUGCCUCCAGCAGAAGCUAUAAAGGAGGGUCAUGCGAAGAAAGAUGGGCAGUCAGAUGUGGCACCCACUAGCAGGGACAAUACUAUUGUUGCUCAGGAUGUGCCAGAGCAACCCAAACUGCCUACAGCAGAUAGCAUUUGCCACUGUGAUACCUGUGGCCGGAGACAUGUAUCAGAUGGAGCCCGGGAAGGCAGGGGUUUCUGCAGUGAGCAUUGUCACCAGCAGUUCAAAGAAAGAUCUGUCAUUGUGGAAAACUCUGCCAGCAGCACCAGUGCCACUGAAAUCCUCAAGCCAGCGAAGAAACGAAAGAGGAAGGACUACCAGAGCCCUUCGGAAGAAGACUAUGAAUCUGAGCAAAUGGAGGAAAAGCAGGAAGAGCUGAAAAACUCUGUGGGAGACUCUGCCAUCAGCAAUACAGAGGCUGACACUUGGAGCCAGCACGGUACAGAGGGGCCAGGUGCCAGCGAGGAGAAGAAAGAAGGCUGGUCUUGGGCGUCCUACUUGGAGGAGCAGAAAGCUGUCGCUGCCCCUUUAGAUCUCUUCCAGGAUUACCAAGUAGCUUCCCAGCACAAGAAUGGGUUUAAAGUGGGGAUGAAGCUGGAGGGAAUUGAUCCACAACACCCAUCCAUGUACUUUAUCCUGACGGUGGCUGAGGUAUGUGGCUAUCGGAUGCGUCUUCACUUUGACGGCUACUCUGAGUGCCAUGAUUUCUGGCUGAAUGCUGACUCCCCUGACAUCCACCCUGCUGGCUGGUUUGAAGAGACAGGACACAAACUCCAGCCUCCAAAAGGUUAUAAGGAAGAAGAAUUCAGCUGGACAAACUACCUGAAGAUAACAAAGGCACAGGCAGCUCCUAAGCACCUCUUUGUGAUCCGAAACACUCGUGAGGCUCCCCCAGGCUUCGAAGUGGGCAUGAAGCUUGAGGCUGUGGACCGCAUGAAUCCUUCCCUGAUCUGUGUUGCCACAGUGACUGAUGUGGUGGACGAUCGCUUUUUGGUGCACUUUGACAACUGGGAUGAUACUUACGAUUACUGGUGUGACCCCAGCAGUCCAUACAUUCACCCAGUCGGAUGGUGUCAGGAGCAUGGCAAACCCCUCACACCUCCUCAAGAUUAUCCUGACCCUGAUAAUUUCACCUGGGAAAAGUACUUAAAAGAAACAGGAGCAUCUGCUGUCCCAGCUUGGGCUUUUAAAGUGCGCCCGCCCCAUGGCUUCCUCGUCAACAUGAAGCUCGAGGCAGUGGACAGGAGGACUCCUUCCCUCAUCCGAGUGGCCAGUGUGGAGGAUGUGGAAGAUCACAGGAUAAAAAUCCACUUUGAUGGUUGGAGCCACAUAUAUGAUUUCUGGAUUGAUGCAGAUCAUCCAGACAUACAUCCCAUAGGCUGGUGCUCAAAAACUGGUCAUCCACUGCAGCCUCCUCUUAGGCCAAAGGAACCAGCUUCUUCUGCUCACUCAGGCUGCCCAACCCUGGGCUGCAAGAACAUCCCUCAUACCAAGAGCUCCAAGUACAGCUUUCACCACAGGAAGUGCCCAACACCGGGUUGUGAUGGAUCAGGACACGUGACAGGGAGAUUCACAGCACACUACUGCCUCUCAGGGUGCCCACUGGCGGAGAAGAACCAGGGCAGGCUUAAGGCAGACUUGUCUGACACCGAGGCCUCAACUCGCAAGAGGAACCUGAUCGGCUUCCCUCAGCGGAAGAAAUCUCGGCACCAUGGGAGAGGGCGACCUCCAAAGUACCGGAAGAUCCAACAGGAAGACUUCCAGACUAUUUCUUCAGACAACAUGCACCAGUCGCUCUUCAUGUCUGCCCUGUCUGCCCAUCCUGACCGCUCACUAUCACUGUGUUGGGAGCAGCACUGCAAACUCCUACCAGGAGUGGCUGGCAUCACAGCAACCACAGUAGCCAAGUGGACAAUUGAUGAGGUCUUUAGCUUUGUUCAAACUCUGACGGGUUGUGAGGACCAAGCCAAGCUCUUCAGAGAUGAG